AGAAAGAUGAGAACCCACCACGCCCUUGCCUUCCUCCUGCUCUUCGUGAUCACCUCCGGGGCCUCCGAAAACGCCAGCACGUCCCGGGGCUGUGGGCUGGACCUCCUCCCUCAGUACGUGUCCCUGUGUGACCUGGACACCAUCUGGGGCAUCGUGGUGGAGGCGGUGGCCGGGGCAGGCGCCCUGAUCACGCUGCUGCUGAUGCUCAUCCUCCUGGUGCGGCUGCCAUUCAUCAAGGACAAGGAGAAGAGGGACCCCGUGGGCGUCCACUUCCUCUUCCUCCUGGGGACCCUGGGCCUCUUCGGGCUGACGUUCGCCUUCAUCAUCCGGCAGGACGAGACCAUCUGCUCGGUGCGCCGCUUCCUCUGGGGCGUCCUCUUCGCGCUCUGCUUCUCCUGCCUGCUGAGCCAGGCAUGGCGCGUGCGGAGCCUGGUGCGCCAUGGCAAGAGCCCGUCGGGCUGGCAGCUGGUGGGCAUGGCGCUGUGCCUGAUGCUGGUGCAGGUCAUCAUCGCCAUCGAGUGGCUCGUGCUGACGGUGCUGCGCAAUGCGAAGCCGGCCUGCGCCUACGAGCCCAUGGACUUCGUGAUGGCCCUCAUCUACGACAUGGUGCUGCUCGUGGCCACCCUGGGACUGGCCCUCUGCACACUGUGCGGCAAGUUCAAGAAGUGGAAGCAGAACGGGGUCUGCAUCCUGGUCACGGCCUUCCUCUCUGUGCUCACCUGGGUGGCCUGGAUGACCAUGUACCUGUUUGGCAACGCUGCACUGCAGCAGGGAGAGGCCUGGGGGGACCCCACCUUGGCCAUUACCCUGGUGGCCAGCGGCUGGGUCUUUGUCAUCUUCCACGCCAUCCCUGAGGUCCACUGCGCCAUCCUCCCAGCCCCGCAAGAGAAUACACCCAACUACUUCGACACGUCACAGCCAAGGAUGCGGGAGACGGCCUUCGAGGAGGAUGUGCAGCUGCCGCGCACCUACAUGGAAAACAAGGCCUUCUCGAUGGAUGAGCACAAUGCAGCUCUCCGAACGGCGGGAUUUCGCAAUGGCAGCUUAGGAAAGAGACCCAGCGCUCCGUUCAGAAGCAACGUGUAUCAGCCAACCGAGAUGGCCGUUGUGCUCAAUGGCGGGACUAUCCCAACUGCUCCGCCAAGUUACACUGGAAGACACCUCUGGUGAAAGACUUUUAAGUUCCAGAGAAUAAGAAUCUCUCUUACCGAUUUUAUUCCCUGGCCAUGUCUUUCUUGAGGGAGAAAUCAGUAACAGUAGCUGCAUAAGGCCGCCUCACAGCCAGGAGAUUUGGAAAUCCUAGCUAAGGGGAUUUCGUGUAAAUGUGAACACUGCUGAACCGAAAAGCUAACACCGACUGCCCUCCCCCCACCUGCCACACACACAAAUAUGUAAUACCAAACCAACCUCAGUCCCUGCAAACUAAAGCAAAGCUAAUUGCAAAUAGUAAUAGGCUCACUUGAAAACGUGGCUGGGAAGAUGAUUUCAUCCUCUGGGGGUUGAACAGAACCAAAUUCGCAGCCGGUGGGCUGGGCUGGUAUUGGUAGAAUGUCGGGGUCCCCUAUCCCCCUCAGCAAGUGCUCCAUCCACGAGGCCUCCCGGAGAUGACCCUUUCAUUGAGUGCUGAUGGGGGCUUUCCCACCAGCUUGCCUGUGGUUUGCACAUUUCAGAGGAGUCAGGAGCAGAUAAGGAAGGUGUGGGUGUGAGUCCAAGACCAGGCCCAACUGAAUCAUGGGGUAAGCUUUACAACCCGUGCUGGUGGAAGGACCCGGGCAUGUGCCAAAGAAGAGAAGGUUAUCUGGGCGUUUCACGUGACCGUCACCUUUAGCAAAUGGUGGCCAACCACAGUUCCUUCAAUGGGCCUCUUCCCUAGCGCCUAUGGCAAGAAAGCGAGCCCCGCCCCUCCCUGGUAGAGCUGCAGAAAUAUUCUGGCGUGGAGCAGCAGAUUGAAGAUGGCUCCAUGUCAUCAUUUCUUCUCUUGAUCAUGUCUCCCGCUUCCUGCACUUACUGGUGCUUCUCCAGGCCCUUUCCCAAUUUUAUUUCCAUGUUCAUUUCAAAAGCUCCAAUGGGGCC